AUGUCCCAACAGCGAGAAACCUAUACGACCGGCUCCCCUCCUCGUACGCCCCCUUCCCAGACCGCAAAGUAUCGUCCCAAACAAAAGUACCCGGCCCGGCCCUCGAUCCGAGAUACUUUCCCCGAUGCCAUGGACAAUGCGCCACGGGUCAGCGAGUCUGGCGAUGAUCGCGACCCGCAUGAUCUAUCGCUGUCACCCCAGCACGCUGCCCGUACCUCCAUUGUAGACAAUAUGCUCCUUUCGCUUGAUCAAUUCGGUGCCCCUGAUUCAUCCGUCAUGGACGACUACCGCUUGUUCAAUUCCGCCAUGGACGCCGAACCUCAUGGCCGGUACCGAGGACAUACCUUCUCUUCUUCAAUGUCGUCCGAUGCAGAUUAUGGUUACGAUGAUGGUAGCAGCCGCUAUGCGACCAUUACUGCCAAGGGCCGCCGAAGUAAUAGCAGUUCCAACUACACAUCAGUUCCAAGGCGGAUGGGCAGUGGACGCAGUCGCGAUGCAAUAGGCCCCAGAAGUGGCGCAGGAACCAUGCCGAGGGCGGCCGAUACGAGGAAAGGAAGCAAGGGAAGCUCAUCGACAGCGGACUUCACAUAUGGAAUGCCCAGAGGCCGAGCAGACUCAGAUGCUCUUGACCGACGCUCCGCUAGCUUUGACUGUGGCCCAAAGAAAUACAACCCCUAUGCUGAAGUCCCUAUCGCUCAAGAAUCGUAUCUUUACGAUGAUGAUGCAGCACCGACACCAAGCGUACCAGCUGGACCACGCAAAUUCACUGACUACAGGACCCCGACGGGGCCUACGUCAAGGACACCGGUGGCAUCCCGGCGAAACAGUGUGAAAUCAGCCCAGGCCCCACAAGUCCGCAAAGCGCGCCCCGAAAACAUCGGCACUGGAGUUCUCAAGCCACGAGACAAUGACUUUGAAUUCUCGGGCGAAACGGAUCUAGAUCCCCCCCCCCCAUUUCGGCGACGCUGGAUCCUCCGGCACCUAGCCCUACUAUAUCAUACAACAAACCAGCUUUCCCCCCCGCCAGAACCGCCAGCAGUGACCACAACUACGACAAUUACCACGAACAAUACUAUUCCGGCUCCAGCCCAAGGACGACCGGGAUUUUUCCGACGUGUAUUCGGCUCAUCUAAGACCGCUCCUGCAGGUCCUGGAGAUUCCCCAAGCUCCAACGUGAGUGAUCUAUCUUAUCUCCAGGAAAAUGAGCCCAAGGAUUCGACCGGGACAACAGUCAAUCUGAAAGGAAACAAAUUGCAAACCCCGAGGAAUCCUCCAGCUACGGCUUCAAGCCCAACCCCCAAUCGGCAAGGAAAUCAGCAGGUAGUAAACAAGAAGUCUUCGUUCUUUCGCCGGCGAAAGAAGUCUGUGACUGAUAGUAACAUUCCACCGCCGAUCGUUCUACCUCAAAAUAUUGCACCUCAUACGCUGGACACAAUGAAGCCAGCACCCAGCCCAGUGAGCAGCUUGCGACAAGUCAUGGACCCCUAUCUUGCAGACGGCAUACCAGGCAGACAUGAUGGCAAGGAGAACCGUGCAGGAAACCUGCAGGCGCAGAAACCUAGAGAGAGCGUGUCAGCUCCUGGGGGCAACGCGAAGAAGGUUAAUACUCUCCAGCCUCCCAGCACCUCCCGCGGUCAGGAUCGAUCGGCGCUAGCAGAAUGCAGCGGCAUUGAUGAUCAAUCUAUACGAAGUGGGGAUGUCGAGUCCACCGCAUAUGCAGAUCCCCCCUUGCCGGAGAAGGGGCCAGCUAGUGCAGCCAACACGCUCUCACCGGUCGUAGAGCAAUUUUCACGGACCAUCAAAGUGACCACUACCAAAACUACAACUACCGUGGAUGCCUCACAAGAAAGCUUAACUGGAACAUCUAAGUUGGCUCUUCCGUCAGACAAUAACGUGCCGGAGUCACCUGCUGUCUCAGAAGCUUCCCACUAUCAAACUGCUUCCACCACACCAGUGAUUGAGUCAGAAGAGCCAAAAUCAGCUUUUGACGAUACCGAGGAUAAAAUGGACGGACCAGGUGAGGCUGUUGAGGAUGGGCCUACUGCAUCGGAUCGUGAACAAGCGCAGAAGCUUUUUGAGAGUCAAGAUCAGGUGGUUGGCAGUGAACCUGCUGCCGCAUGGCUUGGUGAUCCGGAUCGAGCCAGUGUCCGCGAGGCCUAUAUGCGACUUUUCAAUUGGUCCAAUCUCAAUAUUCUGGCUGCGCUGCGUGCUAUGUGUGAACGGCUAGUGCUCAAGGGAGAAACCCAACAAGUUGAUCGAGUGUUGGAUGCCUUUUCCACUAGAUGGUGUGAUUGUAACCCUAGCCAUGGCUUCAAGGCUACUGAUGUCGUUCACACAAUUUGCUAUUCCAUUCUUCUGUUAAAUACCGAUCUACAUUUGGCCGACAUCGACCAGAAAAUGACCAAAUCCCAAUUCGUGCGAAACACUAUGCCCACCAUUCAUCGAGUUGCUAUGGAUGCAGCGCCAGAAGGGUUCGACACACUGCGUCCUGUAAAUCGCACUAAGACAUCAGGCGCUGAUUCAUCACACUCCGCACCGUCGUCUGCUCGCUCUCCAACUUUCCCACCCGAUGUUGCUCGUGGUUCCUUGGAUAUGGACAACGCAGGUCGAAGUACCACGGAGGCUAACCACGAGGCUGGGCCCUUGGUCAACAAUCCGUUUAAUGGAACAGUUAGAGCGUGGGAGCAACAAGUAGAGGCUGUUUUGAAAGACUUCUACACCUCUAUUCAAAAGGAGAGGCUUCCACUUCAUGGUGCUCAACCAGGACGGGAGGUGUCUCGCAUGUCCUCAAAUAACUUCCUGACCCCAUCUACCAGCACACUUCGCCGAAGUCCCAGCACUAUCAGCAAAAGUGGCUCAGAUAUCUUCCCUCGCGGCCGAACGGCCGAUUCUCGUCACGGCACUGCAAGGUGGUCGUCAAAACCCCGUUCUCGAGCUGGAAGAUUAUACCCCUCAUCCAUGAUGGGCUCAAGUCGAACCAGCUUGGACGAUCAAUCUUCUGUUUGGAGCCCUGCUGGAUCAAGUACUUGGAGCAAGUACUCUUUGGGCAAAUUCACGUCGGCAUCUGUAGAUUCAUUUGGAUCGGAAUAUCCACGCGGCGAAUACCAGCAGUCCAUCGGUUUUGCCAAUGCUUUGAGCCAAGCCAUCAUCCGGGAAGAUACCGCCUCUUCUUAUAGCUACGAAGAAUCUGAGCGAAAUACCCCUCUCCUCGAAGAUGACACUUUAGCCUUAGCUGGUGCUCCUUGGGCCAAGGAAGGCAGCGUGAAACACAAGCAUCACCUGGAUGCCGUAGACAAGCGCGCCAAAGACCGUAACUGGAAUGACUGCUUUGCGGUCAUCCAGCAGGGUUGGAUGCGACUAUUUUCAUUCAACAACUCAACGAAAUCCAUGCGGCAAAAGGCCAAGCAGCGUGGGGGUGUUGUGGUUGGUGGAGGAAACUGGACAGAGAAUGCAGAAGAGCUGUGGAAGUUCAUGCUUCGUCAAACCAUUGCCAGCGCUCUUCCACCUCCUGGGUAUUCAAAAUCCCGCCCUCACGUCUGGGCCUUGAGUCUGCCCACUGGAGCCGUCCACCUGUUUCAAGCUGGUACACCUGAAAUCGUCCGUGAAUUUGUUUCCACAGCCAACUACUGGAGUGCUCGUUUAUCCAAGGAACCUCUUGUAGGUGGUAUCAGCAACAUCGAAUAUGGUUGGAGCGAUGCCGUCAUCAACAGUGCCCUGAUCAAUGGCGGGGAAGAUCGAUCGGACCGGUCACCACCACCAUCCUCGGGCGCUCCUCGCCAGAGCAUCCAGAGCUCGAUCCGUAGCUCAAUUGAUCACCAAAGUGUGCGACCUAAGUUGCCUGCAGACCGAGUCCACAUCAGUGACUGGAGCCCUCCCCAGCAGAGCAUGGUGGCCUCACACCAGCCCGAAGAAGAACAAUUGAAGUCGCUACAGGCUUAUGUCAAGAAUGUUGAAGAUGACCUUCAAAGACAUAAUGAAUUGCGUCCGGCUAUGAACCUGGCUUUCUCACCACGACACCCCAACUCCGCCAAAGCCAUGACUAAUUGGGAACGGAAAUCAUCCUAUCUCCUGCGGGAAAUUGUUAAAUUCCGAACCUACAUCGAUUCUCUUCGCAAUGCCAUCAACCAAAAACAGAAGAUCUUCGCAUCUUCGAACAACUUAAAUACCCCACCGGCUGAUGCCGAAAUCCCCGAUCCGAUAGCAGAGCCUACUGUCUCGACCUAA